CGCAAUUUCCGGACGCUUCUCGGGCGGACAUCCAGCGCCUCGGCCUCCAGGAGGGUCUGCGGAACCGAGAGGGUGCUAGAGACGCGGCUGGAGCCGAACUCAGGGUGAAGGGGCAGCGGGUGAAGCCUGCGAGCCCCGCCCGGCAGCGUCUCCCACCUGGGAGCGCUACCCGCAGCCACAAGGAUGCUGGGAGCCGCGGGCCCCCCUUCCCGGAAGCCCUGCGCGUGUUGGGAGCACCCACCUCUCCCCAUUUUAAAGCCGAUUUCGGGUAUUUUACGGCACUGCCACUGCUAGGACCCGACAACGCUCUUCCAGACCGCCCUGUCUAAUCCUGAUCCCAUUCCCAAGCCCACGCGGAAGUGCGCUCUGAUCCACCUGACUGACCUUCACCUCGGCAGUCACUUCUGGCCUGAUUCACAGGGCACCUUGGGACCCGGCGCGUCACUACCCUUGACCUAACCCCCCACCCCCACCCCCCCGCUGGUUCCAGACAUGCGACAAAAGCUGCUGCCAAUGGCCGGCCUUUACCUGGUGCAGGGCCUGCCCUAUGGGCUGCAAUCUGGACUGUUGCCCAUGCUGCUGAGGACCGGUGGCCUCUCGUUGACACGUGUGGGGCUGGCCAAAGGGCUGUACGCGCCCUGGCUGUUCAAGUUGGUGUGGGCCCCACUGGUGGAUACGAGAGGCUCCCCGCGGGUCUGGCUGGCACUCAGCACUGCUGGACUGGGUGUGGUGUGUGGGCUGCUGGCAGCUGUGCCUCCAACAGAGGCUGGCCAGGGUGGGCUGCCGGCUGCAGCAGCGGGGCUACUCCUGCUGCUGAAUCUGGGUGCAGCAGUGCAGGAUGUGGCCCUGGACACACUAGCCGUGCAGCUCCUGGAGCCCCGGGAGCUGGGCCCUGGCAACACAGUACAGGUGGUGGCCUACAAGGUGGGAGCGGCCCUGGCUGGGGGGGGCCUGUUGGUGCUGGUGCCUGCCCUCUCCUGGCCCCUGCUCUUCCUGCUCCUGGCCGCCACGUAUUUAUUGGCUGCUGCACUGGCCUGGGCUGCACCGGCCUUGCAGCAGCUGCCAAAGUCUCAGCCCUCAGGGCCUCGCCCACGCACUCAGUGCCAGCUGCGGGCUGUGCUGGCUGUGCCUGGCACACUAUGGAUGGCAGGCUUCGUGUUCAUGUACAAGCUGGGUGAGCAGGGUGCCGAAGGCCUGCUCCCGCUCCUUCUGCUUGACCAUGGUGCUUCUGCCCAGGAGCUGGGCCUGUGGAACGGCGUGGGUGCUGUGGCCUGCUCCAUCGCAGGCUCCUCGCUGGGCGGGGCCCUGCUGACUAGACCCUGGCAGCCGCUGCCCCUCCUGAAGCCAAUCCUGCAGCUCCGUCUGGUGGGCCUCACCUGCCAGACCACCCUGCUCUUCUGCCUGGAUGCCCUGGAGACUAGUGUGGGCCCUGGCACAGUCCUGAAAGGGGCAGCCUUGCUAAGCCUGUGUCUUCAGCACUUCUUGGGGGGCCUGGUCACCAUCGUCACCUUUACCCUGAUGAUGCGCUGUAGCCAGUUUGCGCCCAGCACCCUACAGGCCACACACUACAGUUUCCUGGCCACACUGGAGCUGCUGGGCAAGCUGCUGAUGGCCACGCUGGCCGGUGCACUGGCCGACAGCCUGGGACUCCGGUCCUGCUUCUCACUCUUCCUGGCCCUCUCGGCCAUGUCCACUCUCUACCUGGGCCUGGUGCCUACCUUCUACCAAUAAAGUUUAGGGUGCCCCA